GUUAAAUACCCCUAUUGUGAUAACUAGGGUCUUCGGGGUUAUUAAACCCACGAUCUUGGCAGAUCGAUGGAAAAAAAAUGAAGCAACAGAUUAUUGACAUAUUCAAUAUUUUCAUUUUUUUUAGACAUUUUUGUUGAACAUAAUAUUCUUAUAGCCACAUGCAAUGUUAAAAAAUUCAUGUAAAUAUCAGGUUUAAGAAUAAUUUUUAAAUUAAAUAGCUAUGUCUUCCCAUGGAUUAUACCACAAAUUCUAUAAACCAAUAUGAUUUUUUUUAUAAAAACAAAUUAUUCAAACAACUAAAAUAAAUUUUUAUCCGAGCGAAAUUCUAAGACCGACUACAAACCCAACCCAACCGACAUUUGGUCGCAAUAAGACUAUAAUAGAUUUUUAUUGCCUAUAUGGAGAAAGCUAGUUAAGCAACUUUUAAUUUUUAAAGGCGAUUUUUUUCACUUUGAGCGUAAUAUCUUGUACUAGUUGUGAUGUUACAAGAAACAAAAAAAAAAAAAAAAAAAUUAAUCAAAAUAAAAAACAAAAAAAGAGCGUUAGUGAAUUUAAUACCUUCUCAGCUUCGUUCGUAGCUAAAAUAUUCCUGAAUUAACUGAAACUGAAGGGUUCUAGUGUUCAGGUUUAUUAUCAUAAAUUUCUGCCUUCUUAGACAGUAAUUUAUAAAUAAUAAUUAAUUACUAUGGUUACUUUUCUCCACAUUUGUUUAUAAUACAUAGAUAUCAAUAUUAAUUUUUCUAAAGUGGUAUAAAUCAAUGAACAAGUGAUAUUUUAUGAAGAUAAUGAAAUCGAAGAACACAUUGUACAUGAGUUUACGUAAAUGUAUGCGAUUUUUUAAGAAAAAGAAUGAUACACCAGGGUCUUCAAAGUGUUCAUUAGUAGAAAAAAACACUUCUACAAAAAAAAAUACCCUGGAGGCUCUAUUAAAGACUUUGGAAGUAAUGAAAAAUGUAACAGAUGAAAUAAAAAAUAUAAAUAUAGAGAUCCAAAAUGGUUUAAAAGAAAUUAAAAAUACCUCGAAUGAUAUCAAAAUAGCUUUAGAAAUAGUUCAAAAUUCUACUGAUAACAUUAAAAAAGAUUUGGAAAACUUGAUGAUAAGUUCCUAUAAAAAUGAUGCAAAUACCGAUAUAGCCUCCGAAUCACGGAAAAAUGAGGAAACUAAUAUAAUGGGAAAGAUUGAAAAUGGGUGUUCCACAUGCUCGUUAGUUGAAAAUGACACAACUUCUAAAAAAAGUACUACAGAGGUUUUGUUAAAAGAUUCGGAAGAAAUUAACAAUGCUUCUGAAGAGACAAAAAACAAUUCAGAAGUUACCAAAAUUAUUUCAGAAGUAAUUCGAAAUUCUGUCGACCAAAUCUUACAAGAUUUGGAAAACUUCAUGGGUUCCUACAAAUAUCACGGAAUGAUUGAUUCGGAUCCACCCUUGAAAUCAAAAUUUACAUUAAACGAUCAUAUUAAGAUUGAUAAUUUAACAGCUGCUUCUUCUGAUAUAGCGUCUGUAUUUAGAGCUGAGGAAGCUAAUAUAAUGGAAAAUAAUGAGACUACUAUGCCUUGUCGGUUAGAAGGAUAUAUUUUAAAUUAUCCAAAUGAUAUGAUGAAAGGUCGUUUAUAUAAUUCAUUAGAUGGACUACACUACGAAUUCGAUUUAGAUGAUAUAAUAAGUGAAAAAUCUUUGAUUCAUUAUUCCAAAACAGUACGGUUUUCGUUAUCCUCAUCAACGCCGCCCCUUGCAAUCGAUGUUGAAAUUAUGGGCGAUCGUGAAAAAGCUUACAUGGAAAAUAAUCGCCUAGUUGGAUACCUUGCUUGGGUUUAUAAAGAUAAUCAACAUGGAUUGGUAUCAUCACUUUUGAAUGGAUUGCGAUACGAUUUUUUAUCUAAAGAUAUAAUCUCUGCAUUUGGAUUUUUAAAAAGAGGAACGAUUGUUACAUUUCGUCUGGAUGCAUCCAUUGAUCCUCCAAAGGCUAUCAAAAUAAAAAUAAAAGAUGAGUUAAUAAAACCUCCUAUCAUUACUGGCCCAGUUAAUGGAUAUAUUAGAUGGUACAAUCAUAAGGCUAAGCGUGGGUCUAUAGUUGAUACCCAAAACUACCAAACGUUUAGUUUUGAUUUAAAGAAUGUCUUUGGAGACGAAAAAAACAUAUCUUGUUAUAAGGAUGUAAUAUUUAAUAUGGGCACUGUAGGAAAACGUCACAUUGCCUUAAACAUUCUAGUCAAAAAUUAAAAAAAAAAUAUUGUUGCGUAGUAUAAAUAUUGAAGUUAUGUAUUUGUUAAUAAAAUAUUUUACGAAAAAAACAAAUUGAGUAUAUUUACAAUAACAUACAAUGUCACUAUAUCACUAACUUUUGGGAAAAUUCCGCUUUCCAUAGAGGAUGUAAUAUUUUGUUAUGGGCAUUGUGGGAAACGUCGCAUUGCCUUAAACACUCCA